AUGGAUUUGAUUCACAAGGUCCUGAACAUUGUACUUCCUCCUAUAACAUUGAUUCUGCUACUUCUCUUCUUUCCGUAUUUUCUUGUUUCCAAGUUUAUAAGUAGCAUAAAAAGAUCAAUAAAUAGCGAAAAGGUGGCAGGAAAAGUAGUUCUAAUCACCGGUGCAUCUUCAGGCAUUGGCGAGUAUCUUGCAUACGAGUAUGCUAGGAGAGGAGCCUGUUUAGCCCUCUCUGCUAGAAGAGAGGAGCGUCUUCGAGCAGUAGCUGAUAAGGCCCGGGAGCUGGGGUCACCGGAUGUUAUAGUCAUCGCCACUGACAUUUCGAAGGUUGAAGACUGUGAGCGGUUUGUUAAUGAGGCAAUGAAUCAUUUUGGCAAGUUGGAUCAUCUGGUGAACAAUGCUGGUGUUGCUCAGAUUGACAUGUUUGAGGAUUGCAAGCAAAUAUCAGAAUUUGCAACAAUUAUGAACACAAAUUUCUGGGGUUCCGUAUACGCCUCCCAUUUCGCUAUUCCACACCUAAGAAAAAGUAAAGGAAGGAUUGUAGGGAUUUCUUCAAUUGCUGGAUGGUGCUCAGUGCCCAGGAUGAGCUUCUAUUCUGCAAGCAAAGCAGCCAUAACAAGUUUUUAUGAGACACUACGUGCUGAAUUUGGUUCGGAUAUUAGAAUAACAAUCGUCACUCCUGGUGUAGUUGAGUCAGAAAUGACCCAAGGAGAUUUUUUAUCAAAGUCGACCGAAAGGUGUGCUAAAGCAAUCGUGGACAGUGCUUGUCGAGGAGACAGGUACUUGGUAGAGCCGUCUUGGGCAAGGAUUUCGUUUCUGAUGAAAGUCCUUUGCCCUGAAGUGCUGGAGUGGUGGUUCCACAGGAUAUUGGUUGCUAAGAGUUCCAAGAAGAGCAACUAG